CGCCCCGCCGUGACGUCAGCGCGGCGGAGGCCGCGGAUUGGCCGCGGCCGGGCCGGCCCGGGGGGGGCUCCGCGCCCACCGCCCACUUUUAAAAGUGGCGGCGGCGGCGCCGGGACGGGACCGGGAGGAAGCGACCGAGGGCACCGAGCCGAGCCCAGGGCACCGACCCCACCCGGGACAGCCCCGAGCCCACCCGGGACAGCCCCCAACCGGCGCCGCCCGCCCGCCGCGACCCCCCCGGAGCCACCGCGACCCCCGGGACCCCCGGCAUGUCCAACGCGCACUUCAACCGCGGCCCGGCCUACGGGCUCUCGGCCGAGGUGAAGAACAAGCUGGCCCAGAAGUACGACCCCCAGCACGAGCGGGAGCUCCGUGCCUGGAUCGAGGGGACCACGGGGCGCCGCAUCGGGGACAACUUCAUGGACGGGCUCAAGGACGGCGUCAUCCUCUGCGAGCUCAUCAACAAGCUGGAGCCGGGCUCGGUGCCGAAGGUGAACGAACCCGUCCAGAACUGGCACAAGCUGGAGAACAUCGGCAACUUCCUGCGCGCCAUCACGCGCUACGGGGUGAAGCCCCACGACAUCUUCGAGGCCAACGACCUCUUCGAGAACACCAACCACACCCAGGUGCAGUCCACCCUCAUCGCCCUCGCCAGCCAGGUCAGCUCCCGGGGGUCCCGGGGGUCCCGGGGGGUCUGGGGGGGCCGCGGAGGGUCCUGGUGGGGGACACCCGGGGGACACCCGGGGACACCCGGGGACACCCGGGGGACGCGGCGGGCGGGGCCGCCCCGCCCCGGGGACAGCGGGUGACGCCGCGUUUGUCGCUGUCCCCAGAUGGGCACCAACAAGUUCGCCAGCCAGCAGGGCAUGACGGCGUACGGGACACGGCGACACCUGUACGACCCCAAGCUGGGGACAGACCAGCCCCUGGACCAGGCCACCAUCAGCCUCCAGAUGGGCACCAACAAGGGCGCCAGCCAGGCGGGCAUGACGGCGCCGGGCACCAAGCGGCAGAUCUUCGAGCCGGCGCUGGGCAUGGAGCGCUGCGACACGGGCACCAUCGGGCUGCAGAUGGGCAGCAACAAGGGCGCGUCGCAGACCGGCAUGACGGUGUACGGGCUGCCGCGCCAGGUCUACGACCCCAAGUACUGCGGCGGCCCCGAGCUGCUCGGCCUCGACGGCCUCGACGGCCCCGGGGGUCCCGGGGGGCCCGGCGGAUUCUACAACUCGCAGUAGCCGCCGGCCCCGCGGCCGCUUGCAGCCCGACAGCACCGCUCGUCAGCACCGGCCUCACCGCGCAGCGCCGGGCACCGGGAAUGGGAUCGGGAACGGGAAUGGGAUCGGGAUCGGCACCGGGAACGGCACCGGGAAUGGGAUCGGGAACG